AUGUUUUCGAAAAAAAAAAUACAAUUUAAUUAUUACGAUCUUAAUAAUUUUAAUGAUUUUAAUAAUUUUUCUUUUGAUAUUUUCCAAUGGAAAUUAUUAAAAAUUGGAAUUAUCGUCGAUUUAAAAUGCCCUCGAUCCAUGACAUUUUUACAAAAAGCGAGCGAAAAAAAUUUAUUCAUAUACGAAUUUGCACCCAUACAUUGGCUUAUAUUUACAAAUAAUCACGUGACACGAAAACAAUUAAUUACUAUGGAUGAUAAUAAUCCAUUGGAUUUUUUAAUGGAAUCCUACGAUGAUAAAAAAUUUGAAAAUGAAUUAUUUGUUAUAAAUAAAAAAGUCAAUUUUGAUUUUUUUUUUAACGAAACCGAAAAAGGGGAAAAAGGAAAAAAUAAUAAUAAUAAUAAUAGAAAAGUAAAAUUAAACGUCAAUGAAACGGAUAUAAAUCAAAUAUUACAUCUGACACUUUUAUUAGAUAACAAAGUUACAUUAUCCGUACCUGGUUUUGAUAACAUCACAUCUCGAUCAAAUCCUAAAAUUGAUGAAAAUGGAAUCGUUUUUUACGAAAAAAACGAUGAUUGUUUAUUUAAAAUAAACGAUACGAUAAUAAGAAAAAAUUUUAUGGGUUCACUGAUAAGAGCAGGAGCGACGGCAUUUCAACCGAAAGCAUUUACGACUAUUGAUGACGUAUCGAGUAGAGAAGUUGACGUUUGGGCAAAAAUGGUUUACGAACAUGUUAAAAUAUUAGAACAAGAUUUAAAUUUUAGAUCGAUAAUUCGAUAUUUUAACGAUGUCGGUUACAUAAAAAAUGGAAGUUUUGGACAUUUGAUGGGAUCGAUCCAAGAAAAAAAAUCAGAAAUAAGCGCGACAGGAGUCCUUUUAAGAUCCGAUAGAUUCGGAAUCGUUGAUUAUAUAAUUUGUCCUUUUCGUUUAGGAGUCGGUCUCGUUUUUAAAGAACCAUCGUUACCCACCGUUAAAAACAUUUUCAUUUUACCAUUUACCGGUACGGUUUGGAUAUCCAUCGGUAUUUUAUUCAUCAUCAUUAUUAUUUUCAUGAGACUCAGAGAAAUAAUAAUAAAAAAAUUUUUAUUUAAAAAAAUGAAAUUGAGAAAUAUAUCGGAAUUAUGUAUGCAAAUUCUCGGCGCCAUAUGCCAACAAGGUUUAACGGAAAAUUCAAAAUGGACAUCCGAUCGCGUGAUCAUAUCAUUUCUUUUAUUAACUGCAUUAAUAUUAUAUUUUGCUUAUUCAGCGAGUAUCGUUACAUUUUUACAAUCAUCGAGUUCGGCCAUUUCUACAAUCGAAGAUGUAACUUCAAGUAAUUUAGAAGUUGGUGUUCAGGCACAUUUUCCAUAUUUGGACGUUCUUAUGAAGGAAGCAUCUCAUAGAAUAACUAAAGAAUACUAUAAAAAAAAAAUAUUUAACAAAGGACGAGAAAAUGUUUAUUUCGAACAAAGAGAAGGAAUAAACAAAAUAAGAACUGGAUUAUUUGCUUUUGAGAUCGAACUUAACGCUGGUUAUAAAUUAAUAAGUCAAACAUUUAAAGAUCAUGAAAAAUGUGGAAUUAAAGAAAUUCUUCUCGUACCGAAACCUUUUGUUUGUAUGGCCGUUAGUAAAACAUCAUCUUAUAGAGAAAUUUUUGCACAAAGGCUCGUUUGGCAACAAGAAACUGGAAUGUUUGAUAGAACGAUAAAAAAAUGGUCGGAUGAAAAGCCAAAAUGUAACAUGGAUAGAGCAACAUUUAUAAGCGUGGGUUACAACGAAAUAAAUUCAAUUUUUAUUAUUUUCCUAUACGGUUUGAUCAUAUCUAUCAUAAUUUUUUUUCUAGAAAUUUUCCUAUUUAAAAUAAAUAAUAUGUCGCGUAAAAAAACCGCGUGA